GUGACAGGAGCUACCACAGUUAUACAACAACUUUGGAAGUCAUGGAGUCAUCAGACGUUCAAAGGAAAAAAAUAGCUGUCAUUGGUGGUGGCUUGGUUGGAUCAUUAAAUGCAUGCUUCCUUGCAAAGAAGAAUUUCCAAGUUGAUGUAUACGAAGCUAGGGAAGAUAUCCGAGUGGCUAAAUUUGCACGUGGAAGAAGCAUUAAUCUGGCCCUUUCUUAUAGAGGACGACAAGCCUUGAAUGCCAUUGGCCUGGAAGAUCAGAUUGUAUCCCAAGGCAUUCCCAUGAGAGCAAGAAUGAUUCAUUCUCUUUCAGGAAAAAAGUCUGCAAUUCCCUAUGGGACCAAGUCACAGUAUAUUCUUUCUAUAAGCAGAGAAAAUCUUAACAAGGACCUGCUGACUGCUGUUGAGAAAUAUCCCAACGUGAAGGUGCACUUUGGCCACAGGCUGCUGAAAUGUAAUCCUGAGGAAGGAGUCAUCACAGUGGUUGGAUCUGACGAAGUUCCUGUAGAUAUCACUUAUGACCUCAUUGUAGGAUGUGAUGGAGCCUAUUCCACUGUCAGAACUUACCUCAUGAAGAAACCUCGUUUUGAUUACAGUCAGCAGUAUAUUCCUCAUGGGUACAUGGAGCUCACGAUUCCACCCAAGAAUGGGGAUUAUGCCAUGGAACCUAAUUAUCUGCAUAUUUGGCCUAGAAAUACCUUUAUGAUGAUUGCGCUGCCUAACAUGAACAAAUCUUUCACAUGUACUUUGUUCAUGCCCUUUGAAGACUUUGAAAAACUUCUAACCAGCAGUGAUGUGCUGAAUUUCUUCAAGAAGUACUUUCCAGAUUCCAUCCCUCUAAUUGGAGAGCAAGCCCUGGCGCGAGAUUUCUUUCUGUUGCCGGCCCAGUCCAUGAUAUCUGUGAAGUGCUCUUCUUUUCACUUUAAAUCACAUUGUGUGCUGAUGGGGGACGCAGCUCAUGCCAUAGUGCCCUUUUUUGGGCAAGGAAUGAAUGCAGGCUUCGAAGAUUGCUUGGUAUUUGAUGAGUUAAUGGAUAAAUUCAAUAAUGACUUUAGUAUGUGUCUUCCGGAAUAUUCAAGAUUGAGAAUUCCAGAUGACCAUGCCAUCUCAGACCUAUCCAUGUACAACUAUAUAGAGAUGCGAGCACAUGUCAACUCGAGGUGGUUCAUCUUCCAAAAGAACAUGGAGCAAUUUCUUCAUGCUAUUAUGCCAUCUACCUUUAUCCCUCUAUAUACCAUGAUCACCUUUUCCAGAAUAAGAUACCAUGAGGCACUGCUGCACUGGCAUUGGCAGAAAAAGGUGAUAAACAAAGGACUCUUUUUCUUUGGAACACUUAUAGCCAUUGGUAGUACAUACCUACUUAUGUGCGCCAUGUCACUGAGACCCCUACACUACUUCAGAAGACCAUGGGACUGGCUUGCUCACUUCCAGAAAACAGGACGUGUUUCCCUGCAAACUCCAUGGGGUCACUAGAGAAAAUUCCCAAUGUCAUUAGCAGUUAAUAUAAAGAUUCUGAAGUGGCAAAUAGUUGGAUUUCUUGUAACUAAAACUAAGGGUCAAAACCAUGUUUCCGUCAUCAUAUUUAAUUCACUAGUAAAAAGUAUGUCAGCUUAUAAUUAAAUUCAGUAUAGAA